UUCAAAUUAUGCUGCUUUGCCUUUGUUAAGUUUGGCGAUGGGGUUUGGGUCUAACUCUCAGGAGACAUCCUGUGAUUAGGACUGUUCUGUUUACAAUAGAACGGGCCGGUCCUAACAUGGAUAAUAAGGAAUCCAUGGUUAAGCAUAUAUUUUUUAUCCAUAUAGCCAUCUUAAUAAAACAAUAAACCAUAGCAUUUAGGGUCUAUUUGCACAAUAACAAAACCAAAAACGAAAUAGAAACACUUCAUACACCUUUCAUACUAUGUUUGAAUACAUUUUAAUCUAUCUAGUACCUGCAUUAUUUAAAUGUGACUUUAUUCGGUCUGCAGGAUGCUAUGAGACGCCGGAAGCUGAAGGUCCAGCCUGUUGCUAGGAUACAAGGGCGGUAAACUAACCAAUAGUGAACGCUCUGGGUAACAAAGUUAAUUUCGCUAUAUUCGUUAUAUUUACACAAUCGCAACAUCGAAUUGCUAUUUGUGUAAAAUGGUAUGUCUAUAGUAGAGUUUACAACCCAAUUAAAAUUAAAAUGCACACAAAAAUAAAGAUUCCAGAACCUCUGAAGCCAAGAGUGGUGCUGUGGGCGGAUGCUGGGUAUUCUGACAUGUGCGACAUCGAUAAAGCCCAAUCCAUCCCGGACUUGGAGAGGGUUCUCUGCAGGGUGCUCCAGGUGGAGCUCCGGGGGCCGCCGGGGGAGGUGCUGCUCGCGCUCUACGUCCAGACCGUCCAGUUCUGCCGGCGCAGUGGCUUCAGCCGCGAGCAGACGUCUGUCCUGCUGUCCGUCAUGAAGCGCGUGCACCAGCUCAACACAGGAACCUCCCUGAACAACGUGGAGCAGUGCUGGGACUACUGCACUGAGCUGCUGCUCUGCCACUCCGUGCGGCGACCCCCUUUCAGCGUUGACCUUCUGAAAUCCCACGAGGUGACUCGGAUUCUGGAGCACGUGAACAACACGUACAUGAGGAACUACACCCUCUACAAAUACAUCUUCACCCCCCAGGUGCGACUGGAUCUAGCGCUGUCUUAUGGAGGGACAGCGGACCCCCUCCCUGCUGACGACCCCCCCUCCCCAGACAGAGAAAAUGAGUUAGGAGAAACAGAAGCGGUGGGUUCCCCACAGGCCACCCAGAACCAGGAGACCCCCCAGAUCCCGGGCCCCGUCGAAGCAGCACCUGGGUCCAGGGCCGCUCUGAGGCAGGUGGUCCAGCGGGCGCUCUCGGAGGAGCUCCAGCGUGUGUCAGCUCAGCUGGACCAGAGUCUGAGGGAGAGCUGUGAGCAGCUCAACAGCCGGCUCUCCCAGGCCUCGUCCCAGGGCCGGGCCCAGCCCUAGGCCUAGCCCCAGGGUUAGCCCUAGCCCCAGGGCUAGCCCUAGCCCCAGGGUUAGCCCUAGCCCCAGGGUUAGCCCUAGCCCCAGGGCUAGCCCUAGCCCCAGGGCUAGCCCUAGCCCCAGGGUUAGCCCUAGCCCCAGGGUUAGCCCUAGCCCCAGGGUUAGCCCUAGCCCCAGGGUUAGCCCUAGCCCCAGGGUUAGCCCUAGCCCCAGGGCUAGCCCUAGCCCCAGGGCUAGCCCUAGCCCCAGGGUUAGCCCUAGCCCCAGACCUUUCAGAUGUGGAGGUCAGCAUGUGGAUUCUCCUUUAACUCUUAGAUUAAACCAACCAACACUUCUCUCUCUCGCUCUCACAAAUGAUAAGCCUGAAGUAUUUUUUGUUUUUACUUUUUAUUCAUAUUAAUAUAAAUAAAUCAACUUUCAGAAAUAUACACAUUUUAUAUUAUUUAUUUUUCUUUCUGGAGGUCAAGGCGUACCUAUGAAUGAUCUGAAUUAUAGAUAUGUUACAACCAAGUAUCCAACAAACCCAAGUUCUACAGAGAUGGUAUAAUAUAUAAUAUGUUUAUUUUCACACAGCGCUGGACUGUGUCAUAGCAGGACACAGUUACCAUGGUAACCAUUACGUCAAA